GUUAUUUUUUUAACUGUCACAUUAGCAAGAUUUUUUAAAGCAAAAUGUUUUUAAAAACCAUGAUUUUACUGUGAAGGAUUUCCAAGUCACACGGAAUAAUUGUAAAUGAUGAAAAAUAAAACACCGUAUUCAUGGAAAUAAGAAAACAUUAGUCAUCAAAAACUACCUGGACAUUAACCAGUCUAUUUUAAGACUGAUGAUCCACUUGAUUGCGGAUGUUUUAAGUUUAUUUGUUCACCAGAUUUUCAUAAACUUUUGGCUUUUAUUUGAGAAGCGUGAGGUAAUAAUAAGUUCAGUUUUAUAUCAUAUUGCCUACUGUUUUCGAUUUUAUUCGUUGACGAAUGACCUCACCACAGAAGACAGACUUUCAACGUUGACUACGUGCUUCACUUCCAUAAAGAUCCCGGAAUAAAAGUGAUAACUCAUUAACAUGAUUCACUCCUUCCUGAAAUUUCUAGCUCUCUUUGCUUUUUUCCAAAUGGUUUCCUGUUCAGAAGAUGACGACAAAGCUAUUCUAAGUCAAAUGCAAGACUGGGGAGAAAAAAUCUUCAGAAUUAUAGAAAAUAAAUACAAAACGUCUGAUAAAGGACAAUAUCUAGUUGCGGCAUUGCUUCCAGAUGCUGCGCUUGAUAAGCCCAUGGAGCUAUCUAAAAGACUGUUGAAAGGUUGUCCAACAAAUGGACCAGAUAUUGCCGGAAAAAUGAUUGAGUGUAGCACAAGUGCCGUGAUUCUGAACAAAGUAAGCGAAGAAAUUUGGAAACAUAGCCCUUGGAAAGGUGAUAAACAGUACAAAAACCACCCAUGGCAUGGGGAAUAUAUGCUGGUAAAUGAAGGUAUAAUAGAAAGGCUUAUAAACAAUUUUCACAAGGAAAACGGUGAUAACGCUAAAUGUAGGGUGUACUUAUACUCUUACUUUAUUCCCUGUGCUGAUAUUUUCGGCUGCCCUUAUUCCUGUUCUGAGGAGGUUGCUGACUAUAAUAACAGAGAAAAAACAACUUGCAAAAUAACUGUCAUUGGCUACACGGAAGUGUUUAGACGUUCCAAAACUAUGAAGACCAACGAGGUAAGAGCGGAAAAUGUAAUUAGAGCUGAAAUGGACUUGUACCACACUGUACAAAACGUGAAAUUACUUGCGAUUAAAACUGUCAGGACGAAAAAUCAGCCAGUAUCAUUUCAAGAAUUAAUGUAUUCGUGUCUAUACGAAUCUCCAUUGUCGGGCUGUUGUGUCGAUGAUACAGAUUCUAGAGUAAAUAGCAAGCGCGUCAUAGCGUAUUUUGUGAACAACAUCGUGUACAAGGCCGUGAACGACCCAAAGUUUGCAAAUAGAAGGUUUUCCGAUGCAAGCCGCAAAGACUUGGAUAAGUAUUUUCGUGAAUUGUUUGAAACAAAAGACAUAAUACAUACAGGCUGUGGAAAAUGUCCGUCUGAAAAAUCAAAUAUUUUCCUCAUUGAAUUUUGUUCGAAAACGGCGCUGGACUUGGCAAGUGGAUUUGGAAGUCCUGCAUCUCCAAAUGACCUGUCGUCUGCAACAUGGACCGCCCCACGUGACAGCUGGAAAAAUCUGUACGUAAUCCCUCCUGACAGAUUUCUAAACACCAAGAAGGUCAUGUGCGCUUACCGACCACUUAGCAUCGAUUCUCUUUGUACACGUUUGACAAAGAGGGAGUGGACUCGAAGCCCAUCGCUUGUGAUCAAUUCGGAAUUUAAUUCAGCAAGAAGAGAUGACUAGAGACUGGUGAAAGACUGAGUGAAUAUUUAAACAAUGGCAAAUUUGUUGAAAGUAGCGUAAGGCCUUUCAGUUUUUGCGAUUGUACGUUAUUUACCUAUAAUCAAAGUUAAUUUCUGUGUGAACGGAAACCGUUUGUUUACAAUAAUCAUGUACAUGUAAAGUGUAUCAAUGGUAAUAAAUGUCUCUGUUUUUGUUUUCUAUGUAAAAAUAACAAUAUAUAAUAUCUCUAAAUUGGCUUUCCCAGCCUUUCACUUCUUGCGAGACUAUCCUUGUCUUAAAAGGACAUCAAGAUUACUAAUGACAUAACGGGUUGACCAUGAUGCAAUUAUAAUAUUGGUACGUGACUGAAUUACGUGAUGAUACGCUGAUAUUGCGUAGGUAGCUUCUUUCACUUUUAUUUUACCCAAAUCAUCCACAGACAUUCUUCUUUACAAAGUUUCGAAAAAACUGGCAUGAAAAUGACAUUAUAUACUAAUAUAGUCUAUAUUCGAGCGGACCACGGAGCGGAUCGGGCGAAAAACUUCCACCAUAGCUCUACAACUGACACGUUUAACAAGGCUGUUAAGUAUGGUGACUGAUUUCUGCCAUUUCGUGUGUUCGUGUCGGCGAGACGAAGUGUCGAAGUAGCGAAAACACGAAAGGUCGAAAUAAUGCUUAUUUGUAAUGUGUUCGCCUUUCGACUUUCGAGGCGAAUACACGAAUAAACGAAACAUUAAAGGCGAAAUAACGAAAUUUCAGAGGCGAACAUACGAACUUUUGUAUUAAUAACUUUUCGUGUCGGCGGGUAUUAAAACUUCGUGUUGUCGCCCCUCUUCUGUCGUGUCUUUGUGUAUUCGCCUCGAAAGGCGAAAAGCAAACACACGACAAUUGAGCUGAUUUCGACCUUUCGUUACUUCGACCCGCCGACACGAACACACGACAAAUGUUUCGUGUAGGGUCUGCUUUAAUACAGUAAUGUACAGUAAUGUACCAAGACAUCUUUUAUGGAAUAUAAAUCAUCAUCCUUCAUAACUUUAGAACAAAUAUUAUUUUAUAAUUAUUAUAAUAAUAAUAAUAAUAAUAAUAAUAAUUCAAAACCCAGGGCGGCGUAAUGAUGCCCCGUAAGACUGACAGAAGCGUAAUGUAUGUAUAAAUUUAAUACCAGCCUUAAAAAAAUUUGCACAAUGACAUCUUUUAUGGAAUACAAGACAUUAUCUUUCAUAAAUUGAUGAGAAAUAUCAUUUUAUAAAUGGAAAAACAAUUAUCUAGAUAGCAAUCACAGGUCAGGUCGGCGUAAUGAUGCUCCGUAAGACUGGUGAAAGCGUAAUGUAUGUAUAAAUUUAAUACCAGCCAUAAAAUACUUGCACAAUGACAUUUUCAUUGAAUAUAAAUCAUUAUCUUUCAUAAAUUAAUGAGAAAUAUUAUUUUAUAUGCGCUAAACACAUCAUAUAGAUCACACUGAUCAUCAGUAAAGCUUGAAGAGGUGUACGUAAUGUAUGUAAAUGUUAUACCAAUGAGUGACACGUAUUAUCGAGUAUAAAAGAUUUUCCAUAAAAAAUUAUUUUAUGUGUGGUAAAACGCAUUAUUGAGAUAGCACUCGUAGCUGAGUCAGACGUAAUGAUGCUGACAAAGUUGUAUAUAGAAGGCAUUCUAAGACGGCAAGAUUCCAACGUACAAUUAUUAUUUGCUGCAUUAACUUUAAAUGUAUCUAAUAAAUGUGGGUUAUGUUCUUCUGAAUUACUUUUAUCAGGUCGUUGUAAAUAAACAAACACAUGUUCCGGUUUUGUUACACCAGCUGUUAUUCUAAAAGUUAUAUUACUCUGCUGAGUAUCUGCGGAUUGUGUCAUCAUUUCACGAAGAUAUUUCCACCUUGCAUUCGUAUAUCUUUCAGAAAUUAAACUAAGUCCAUAAUCACUGAAAAUUAAACGUGGAACCCACAAAAUUAAUUUAGUUACAAUUACCCUACCUGCAUCGGCAGCAUUAACUCUGUAAAUUAAUUCAUCAUCAUUUGUUAAUUGUAAUGUUAUUUGUAUCUGACUUGGGGGUAACAUGUUUUGUUCCAAACUCUGAAAAAAUGAAUAAUUAUUUAACGGAAUUUAGCAUCUACCUCAUUACCACCCUGGAUUAAUAACUUCCUAGCAGCAAAACCUUUAUUAUAUCCAGCUUGGUCAGCACUAGCGGUAUCAUCUAAAUAGAUAAAUUCGUUUGUUCCAGUUGAUUCUACAUAAUCCUUAGAUAGUUCAACUAAACUUUUUACAUUUAUUACCUUAUAUAAAUUAUUACAAUCAUAGACAAUUUUUCCAUUUUGUUUAACUAUUAGCUGAUCAAUUACUGAAGCUGCAUUAUUAAUUAAAGCAAUUUGAUCUCCAUCAGCAUAAUUAUUGCCAUUAGCAAGUUUAUUAACUUUAAAACUUAUUUCAAAAUAGCCAUUAAACCAAUCAAAAUAUGAACUUCUAUCAUUAAUUGUAAAGUGAUACCCACUUUUUUGCUGUUUAACAUUAUUUCCCAAGACAGAUAUUAAAGCUGUAUCUAAUUGAAUAGGAGUUAAUUCGUAUCUUUCACAAUAUUGUAUUGUUCUAAACAUGUAUAUUAUAUAUUAUUAUAUUUUUUAUAAAUUAAUCUGUUAAUACGUUUACGCUGAGCUGAAGCUCCAGAUCCUGACAAUGAUUUAUUUAAUCUUAUAUUAAUAUCCUCCUCCUCAUUAUUUGAAUUUGUUUUUUUGUAAUUCCUUAGCAAUUAAGUUACCAAAAUCAGGUGUUACAGGCUUUUUAAAACUUUUAAUUCUUUCUGUAAUUUUAUAAGCAGCUAAAUUUCCGACUUCCGUUCCAAUCUUUUUUGUUCCACUUUCAAGUGCAGUUUUUUUCCUGCAGUUUCCAGAGCUUUUUUCCAGCACUACCAAUUGAAGAUGCAACAGAAGAUGAAAACAAUUUUGUUAAAGUGUCAAAGAUACCUGAACCUUGUAUAAUUUCUUCUCCGGUUUGAGCAUCAACAUAAAUAAAUAUUCCUUUAUUUUUAUCAUAAACUUUUUUGUACAUUAUAUAAAACUAAAUUUUAUAAUUUCAUAAUUUAUAUUUCUUUUAAAAUUAAUGUAAAACUUGUUUCAACUUUAUUAAAAUUGAUUAUUCUACCAAACACAUCUGUAAUAUAUAUUCUAAUUGAAUUUAUAACAUUUUUAUUAAUUUCAGAAUAUCCAACUCUUUGUGGUUCUUUUGUAAAUGGAUAAGCUCUUGUUAAAUCUGCAUUACUUAAAGCAUAGAUAAUAUCACUAAAAUUACCAUCAACAAGUGAAUUGUCAAUAAGAUCACAAUGAAUGUAAAUUGUAUCCACAGAGUAAGUUACAUUUGGUGUUGUAGUUCCCCAUUCAGUAUUUCUCAAAGCUUUUUUCUCAAAUCCAAGCAAUGUAUGAAAAUUUGACAUUCUUACAUCCAAUAUAAAAUUAUCAUGAAUUGAAAUUAAUAUCUUAAAACUACUUAAAUCAAAUUCCAAACUUAUUGGAGCAAUGUCCGAUUUAUCAAAUUCAAAAUCACCAUUACUUAUUAGUGUUUCCCUGAUAUAAUUAUUAAUGUCCGUAUAACUGUAAGAACCAUCUGUAAAUAUAAUAUCUUUCCAUUCUUUACCAUUAUUAUAACGAAUUCUUUUAUUGUCAUAUUCAUCACUAAUAUUAUGCCAAGAGAAAGUCAUAGUGUUAAUACUAUCCAAACCAACAACAUAAGUUUUAUUUUUAUCUAAAAUUGAAGAACGACUGAAUCUGACUGUAAAAUCGAUUGGAGUAUUUUUAUUAUCGUUUUUAACUGCUUCUGAACUUAACACUAUUUUUUGUUCCAUUUAUAUUCAAGAAAAAUAUUUCUUUAUAUAACAUUUCAUGCUGUUCUGGUAACAAUUUAUUUAUUUUUAGUUGUUUAUCAAUUAUGCUAAUACCUUCAUUUUUUAGUUCUUCAUUUUUAUUUCCAGCAUCAAUUGAACAACAAAUAAGCUCUAAGUCAUUAACCAAUUCUUCUGGAUUACAUGGACAAACGUCACAACCUUGACCCCUAAUUACUUUUUUAAAUUUCAUAGCUCUUUUAUUGAUAGGUAAUACUGAUUAUUCUGUUAAUUCUUUAAAUAUUUUCCUAGAAAGUAUUGAAUGUUUUUUAUUAUUGUUAUAUCUUUUGUUAAUUAAAUCAAUCAAAUCAUCA